ACUUUCUUCACAUACCGUUUGAACGCACAUGUUGUUGCAGCAUUUCAGUUAUUAAUUCCGCACUGCGGUCGUUGGUUUGAAAAGUAAAAUGCCUUAGCGUUCAUUCACAUAUUGCAAGCAAGACGCAUGUCCUUGAUUUAUUCGAAGCGAACUCACAUUGCAUAGCAACGUCUUAAAAUUAAGCCCAACAAAAACUGCAUUUCCUAGUUUUUACGAAAAUGACUGCACAAAAAAGUUUUAUAAGCAUUGUUUUAAAAUUACAAACGAUCACCUGCCCUGGGGUUUGGUUAUGCAGUCAUGGUUGUCUAGAAUUGACCGUUAAAACGCUUGGAUAUUUUUUUCGUACCGGUGCUAUGGAACCGCUCUUUCCAUUACUACAUCUUCAUCACUAUAAAAUUCAGGGUUAUUUUCUAGGCUCCAAUACCAAAGAUGUGGAAGAGAAUUUGGCGAUGGAACCAUUGGAGAUAACAUUAUGGCAAAGCGGCCGCAGGUUGGCCUAUUAUAAAGGCAAUUUAUUAAAUCUUAUGAAAACUAAACCUAACUUACAUUGUCCUCAUAAUGAUUCGAAACAAUUACUGUUGACGACUACGGCUGCAUUUCCGGGCAUAAUAGCUCCAAAAUUGGAAUUAUCGAUUAAAUUCACUAUAAAAGAUCGCCUACAAGACAUUGAUGCUAUUAGUUUAAAUAGAGCUGGCACUACUGCGAAAUCAUUACAUAACAAAUUUCCGAACAUUGCGAAUUACUCCCCCCAUAAACCCUAUGAGCCUCCUUGUACUAGACGAUCAAACUCAGCAUUGUGCAGUGAUUUUCCUCGUAAACAAAGGCCCGUCUGUCACAAUCGUAACCCUUCACCGAUCAAAACGGUUUAUUAUUCCAAAUUUCCAUAUCGGAAAGAUAGUAAUAAAUAUUUGCAUGAUGUCAAUGAUCGACCUAUUCAGAGAAUUUAUAGCCUUGAGAAACCUGUUUCACCGUAUCUUGAACCCAAUCACAAUCACCAACAAAACUGUGAAUUGUGUCGCUUAUAUCAACAAGUAUUUUUAUAG